GUCGGUCCCGCCGUGCGUUUCCUGACGGUCGGAUCCCAUCUCUGUAGUGAAUAUCGUCUCGAUUUAUAGUCGACCAAUUACACUUGCUUUUGAUCCCAAAGUUGCUUCUGGAUCUGCCGAAUUACGGUCUCCGGCAUGUGGUCUCUCCAGCCGUUGGAUGUGUUCCUGAUCGUGGUAGUGAGCUUGGUGCUGUGGGAAUUGGGGAGGAGGAGGAGGUGGGGCAGGCUGCCUCCGGGGAGCUUGGGUCUGCCGGUGGUGGGAGAGAGUCUCCGGCUGAUCGCGGCGUACAAGACGGAGGACCCCGAGCCGUUCAUCGACGAGCGGGUGAGGCGCUACGGGCGGCUCUUCACGACGCACGUGUUCGGGGAGCGCACCGUGUUCUCGGCGGAUCCGGAGUUCAACAAGAUGGUGCUGGCGGCGGAGGGGAGCACGGUGGAGGGCAGCUACCCGUCGUCGAUCUCCACCUUGCUCGGCGCUCACUCACUCCUGGUCAUGCGAGGCGUCCGGCACAAGCGCAUGCAUUCCCUCACCCUGAACCGCCUCGCCUCGCCCGCCGCCAUCCGCGACGCCGCCAUCCUGUCCCAGAUCGACCACCUCGUCCGCCGCACCCUGGACUCCUGGUGUUGCUCGUCUCCGGGCGCGGGCCCUGCCCGCGUCCUCCUGCUCGAUCAGACCAAGAAGAUCACUUUCGACCUCACCGUCAAGCAGCUGGUGAGCGUCGACCCGGGAGAGUGGACCGAGUCCCUCCGCCGCGAGUACCUCCUCCUCAUCGACGGCUUCUUCACCAUUCCCUUCCCUUCUUUCCUCUCCUUCACCACUUACGGCAGGGCCAUCAAGGCGCGGAAGAAGGUCGAAGCGAAGCUCAAGGAACUGAUAAGGAAGAGGCAAUGGGAGAAGACGGCGCCGAGCAGAGGAAACGACGACACGGCGGCGAAGAAGAAAGUGGACAUGCUGGAGGAGCUGAUGGAUGGCGCGGCGUUGGAAGGAAAGGCGAUGACGGAGGAGGAGGUGGUCGACUAUCUUCUGUCGAUUCUGGUGGCGGGAUACGAGACCACGUCCACCAUCAUGACCCUGGCCGUGAAGUUCCUCACCGACAACCCCGACGCCCUCGCCCUUCUCCGGGUGGAGCAGGACGAGAUCAGAGCGAAGAAGAAGAAAGACAAGGGAGGAGACGCGGAGCCGUUGACCUGGACAGAGUACAAGUCAAUGCCCUUCACCCAAUGCGUGAUUAACGAGACACUUCGCAUGGCCAACAUCAUCAGCGGAGUCUUCAGACGCGCCACGUCAGACAUCCAAUUCAAAGGAUACACGAUUCCAAAAGGGUGCAAACUGUUCAUCUCGUUCCGAGCCGUCCACCUCGAUCCUGAGUACUUCGAGGAUGCUCGGACCUUCAAUCCUUGGAGAUGGCAGCAGGAGGAGACGCAGCAAUUCGGCGGCGUAAAUUACACGCCCUUCGGCGGCGGCACUCGCCUCUGCCCCGGCUACGAGCUCGCGCGCGUCGUCAUCUCCGUCUUCCUCCAUUACCUCGUCACUCGCUUAAGUUGGGAGGAAGCUGAGAAGGAUAGGCUCGUGUUCUUCCCCACCACAAGGACUCUCAAGGGAUAUCCGAUCAAUGUCCGCUUCCGUGACGGCGACCACAAUAACGUCGGGCUAGCUAGCGGCUCCGGGAGCUAGUUAACUUUUUCCCUUUGAUCAUCUUCUUCUUCCUGAUCCAAUGGUGUUAUACUCUGAAAAAAAGGGAUAAAAAGAUGAUUAUAUACACUACAAAUUAAGCCCAUAUAUAUAUAUGAAUAUUUGGUGGAAACAAAGUUAGAGAUUUAUGGCUUUGAUUGCUUAAUGAGUUCCAUUAUUGAUGAUUUGGAAAAAUAUGUUAUUGGUUAUCAAUGCCUAGUAGGAUGAUUGACAAGAUUUAUGAACUUUGUCAUUCUUUUGUUUGGUAUAUAAAGCAUCCGUCAAUAUCCCGGGCAACCAUAUGUUUACCAAAGGAUGAGGGAGGAUAUGGCCUUCUAGAAUUGUAAGCAUGGAACACUGCUCUCCUAUGUCAAACUUUAUGGAACAUCCAAAAUCAAACAAAUUCUCUU